GGUGGGGGACGUUCAGUGUCGUUACCACCACCACCCCCCGCCGCCCAAAAUGUUGGGUUCGCCUCUCGUGACUGGGAGGGCGCUACUCCUAAGUUUUGUGGCCGUCAGGGGGUUGCGUACCAGGGUAGGUGAGGGCCUGGCCCCGGCCGGAGAAAGUGACCAACAAUGCCAUCAACUCCUAAUUUUAAUUAAUAUUUUCCGCCUGGUAUAUUCCAGCCAGUUCCAAUGCCCCUCAUCCACUUUUGCGGGAGGCUCUCCACCUCACCCCGCCAAUCCUAACCCCGCUCUGCAUCCUUACACUUCUUUAGAUACACCAUUCUUGCCCUCUUCUGGUAUAGCCUAAAGUCGACAAACUGAAAGUUCUCUUCGUCUAGGUUGGCUAGAUUAGCGGAGUAGUAAACUGUAAAACAUUGACAUCUAACUAAAUGCUCAGUUUGACAUCACUCUACUUUGUAUUCGUUUGAGCUGCUUGGAGUGGUCGGAAGGUCUAUGAAUGUCUUUUGUUGGGGCUUUGACCAAUUUGCAUUUGUGCCAACAAUGCACACGUCAGAGAUAUGACUCAAGAGUCAGAUUGCUGAGGAAGUGGGUAAUAGGUCAUGGAAAAACUACAGGAUGCGUCAUCAGAUUCUAAAGAGGAGGGGGAUGAUUGGGUGGAUUCAAAGACUACAGAAUAUGAAGCUCUGGGACCAGAUGCUGAAGUAGCUUCCAGUAGUCAAAAAGAUGUAAUGGAAAUUGCAGGCCCAUUUGUUGUUCAAUCCAAAAUUAGCAAUGAGGAGGCCACCACCUCUGGAGUGAAUGUGGAAUGCCGAAUAUGUGGUGAUAAGGCUUCAGGCUUUCAUUAUGGUGUACAUGCAUGUGAGGGUUGUAAGGGUUUCUUUCGAAGAACAAUUCGUAUGAAGCUCAAGUACGAGAAAUGUGAUCGUAACUGUAAGAUCCAGAAAAAGAACAGGAAUAAGUGCCAGCAUUGUCGUUUCCAGAAGUGCUUGGCAUUAGGGAUGUCACAUAACGCCAUCAGAUUUGGCCGAAUGCCUGAAGCGGAGAAGAAAAAGCUAGUUGCGGGACUUCUAGCUAGUGAAGCAACAGUUCAAAACCCAGUAAUAGCUGAUCUAAAAUCACUGGCGAAACACGUCUACGAUGCAUAUCUAAAGAACUUCAAUAUGACUAAGAAAAAGGCACGAGAUAUUCUAAGUGGAAAGGCUACCAAGGACCCUCCUUUUGUGAUUCAUGACAUGGAGACACUCUGGCAGGCUGAGAAAAACCUAGUUUGGAAACAAUCAGUAAAUGGAAUUCCAAACAAAGAGAUUGCAGUUCAUGUCUUCCAUCGUUGCCAGUGUACAACUGUUGAAACAGUACGAGAGCUCACUGAGUUUGCCAAGUGCAUCCCUGAAUUCUUAAAGCUAUACCUGAAUGACCAGGUGACAUUGUUAAAAUAUGGUGUACAUGAAGCCAUUUUUGCCAUGUUGGCAUCAAUUAUGAAUAAGGAUGGUCUUCUUGUGGCUAAUGGAAAUGGGUUUGUAACUCGUGAAUUCCUGAGGAGCCUACGCAAACCAUUUGGUGAAAUUAUGGAACCCAAGUUUGAGUUUGCAGUGAAAUUCAAUGCUUUGGAACUGGAUGAUAGUGAUUUGGCUCUCUUUGUGGCUGCCAUCAUUUUAUGUGGAGACCGACCUGGGCUAAUGAGUGUAAAACAGAUUGAAGAGAUGCAAGACAGUAUUCUUCAAGCUUUGAGCCUGCAUUUGCAAACCAACCAUCCAGACUCUCAAUACCUCUUCCCAAAGCUCCUCCAGAAAAUGGCUGACUUGCGCCAGCUAGUAACUGAGAAUGCGCAACUUGUCCAGAAAAUUAAGAAAACUGAAGCAGCCACUUCAUUGCAUCCCCUGCUACAGGAGAUCUACAAAGACAUGUAUUGACAAACAUUACACAUCCAGUAUAUAGCUUAAUUUUUGCAAUCCCUCCCUCCACAACCAAAACCUAACAUGGCUCCAUUGAAUUCUCACCAAAAUAAGUCUGUGCAAGAUACAUAAAAUAUCUGUAACUAUACACUCCUUUUAAUCUUCUAUCCUUCAGUUGGCUGGCUGCAGCUAACUCAAUUUGAAGUCAGCAGAACAAACUAUAUUGUGUAAACCAGAAAAUUGUAGGAAUGCAUAUACAUUUGCAACACUACUGACUUAUUGCAAUAAAUAAUUUUGUAAUUUACGGUCUUAAAGUACUAAAACCUUCAAUUGGUAAAUGCAACCUUAUUCAUAAUGAAGAUUUUGAUUUAACUAUCCAAUGGUACAAAGCAUGCUGAGCCCAACAGUACUCAUCCCCUUUGCUGGUCUUAAUUUCUGAUAAAACUAAAGGGUGUGGAAGUUUCAUAUAUUGCUGCAAUGAAUGUGGGUUAUAUGUCAUGACAGUCUGUAGUAGGAAGGAACAUAUUGCAAAAAGUAUUUUGUUAAGAACAUGCAUAAAUUUACAGGGCUAGCCAUUAAUUAUUCCUGAUGUGGCAUUUUUGGAGUUGGAAGUUCACCACCUUUCAAAAGGAGUAUGUGAUAAACACAGAUUUUUGCCAAAAGUAAGAAGACCUUAGAUAAAUGCAAUUCUUUCUUAAUUGGAGAAUUUAAUUCAAGUUUUCCAAGUCACUUCUUUCACAUUGCUUAUCAAAUUCUUUUGAAGAUGCAUUCAUAAGUUCCCUGUUGAGGAGUAAAAUGUCAGAUUUUGGGGAAUUGGAAUCCUUGCUCAACAAUUCACAGAUGGCUUAGGUAAGUUUGUCCUCAUGCUAUCUGUCAUACGCUUGGUGUCUAGGACUGUUUGUAGGAGCAUUCUUCCCUUGUGGCAAAAUGCACCCAAGUAGGUUCACCGGGUGAGUGAAGAAUCUUUAAUGAAGCUUUCUAUUUACAUCAUUGAAGACUCCUGGGGUGAAAGAAUUGCAUUUUAAACUUGAGUAAAAUAUUACUGUAAAUAGAAGCCAUUAAAUUAUUUUAAUGUUUUUCUAAUUAGUAUUAAAGUCUCUGGUUGAGCAGAGGUAACUUAAUUGCCAAAUCUGAGUUUUAUCUUUUCAUUGUUAAUUUGGUAUAACUUGAUCUUAGGGUCAUGUGGCACAGUGGCAGCAUCCCUGGAUUCAAGCCCAACCUGCACUGGAGAUGUUGUUGCAGCAUGUUCAAACUGAUUGAUAAAGCUAUUUUACAUGCUCAUGGGACAUUGAUAUACCAUAUCAGUUCUACUUUGUGUGCUGCCCCUGAAUGGUACACAGGAUGCAUCCACAUUUAUUCUGUUCUCAUUUCUAUAUUGUAGCAGCUUUUUAGAAAGAUGUUUUGCGUAAUUGUAGUAAUGAUUUUGCCCUAUCAGUCCAGAAUUGCUAAAGGCAAAAAUUUUAGCGUUACAUUCUCUAUAGCUAUUUUAACAAGAAUUAUUCAAAUAAUUUGAUAGUACAAGUGGAACAAGAAUGGUAGAGCAGUAGGUUUCUGAUUACCUGCCAAACCCCACCUUCAGCUACUGCACUGCUAUUGAUACCUGUCAAUACAAAAUUGUUAUAUUCAAAUAAAAAGAUCAUAUUGGAAAUUUAUAGCAGCCCAUCUUCAUUUGAAGAGAGAAAAACAUGAAAUUAAUUGCAAUCAUGCGUCCCUUGAAAUGUUAACUACUUUUCAGACCCUGGUGGACUUGCUUUUCAUUUUUGUUUUUAUCUAAGAUUUCUGGUAUUUGCUAUUUUGUUACUAACAUCGUCAUACCAGAAAAGUUCAUGCAGCCAAGUGUCUCCAAAUUAAAGCUCGUAGUAAAUUUAAUUCAGUGCAAAUGGAUGCCAAGCACUGAAUAGUCUAUGCAGCAGAUAUUAAGUAUAAAGGUAAAGCCAUAAGUGGAAAUUCUUCCUUCUGUUCACACAAUGUACAGUAUUACAGUUUUGUGAUUUAUAUUUUACAUUCAUUUGUAAAUUUGACUUAAAGAUUAUACUUCUGGAAUUAUUUUAUUGCUAGUUUCUCUUAAGGGAACUUGGAAAGGUUUCUGGUGUGUCUGGCUGGUGCUCAGAGUUGGAGAUGCUUUCUGGAAUUGGCUGUCAGUUAAGUUAUUGUGCAGCAUAGACUGAGCAGGAAUUGAUUGGUUGACCAAUGGGCUGUGCUGCAGGACAUAAUGAAGACUGACACGUAACCAGUUCUGGAUCUUAAAACUGGGAACGGCAUUUGUAGGGAACUUUGUAAUAUUGAGACAUGAUGAAAUCAUGGAACCCAAAUCUGGAAAUGAGUUUUGCUGCUGUUUGUUUCAAAUAGAUGUGAAUUUUGUUAUGUUAAUUUUUAUCUGUUUUCCUGUUGAUACUGUUAAGAUUUUGUUUUAAAUGUUUUAUUCGUUUGCCAAUGUUCCCUUCAGGGUAUUUCCCAAAUAUAUUCCCUGUCUUCUGUGGGUAUUGUUCCAAGAGUACUAGGUACCCACCACUACUUUCUGCAAUCAGCUCAUCAUUUUUAUUUAAUGCAAGCCUUGAUUGCAAUGGUUUGACCAGAGGAUACAUUGAAGCUGAGGCCACUGCUCUGCUAACUCAAUGUCCACAAUACCCUCCAACAGGAGUACUGGAUGGAUAUCAUGAGUGAGGAAUACCUUAUUUAAGUCAUCCCUUCAAAUCCUGAUGUUAUUGAGGUCAAUUUCCAAUCCACUCCACUUCACUUGAGAUCACCAAGCUCUUCCCCUCAGGAUAACAGCUUGCCUAUAUAUAAAAAUAUUUCAGAUGACAAAGUGUGCCGCAGUUCUUUUUCCGGAUUCAAAUUUGACUAUUUGAAGAUUGAAUGUAGUGCCUACAAAGCUUAUCACUGUGUCAAGUACAGAAAUGUAGAAGUGUCCUUAUGAUAAUUUUUAUUCUAUGGGACCAAUGUCAGUAAGCAGUGAAAUGGGUAGAAGGAAGGAAUGAGCAAUCAGUAGCACAGUAUAUUCUUAAAACACCAACCAUGACAUUUGCAGGGGGAUCUGUAUAGACAGUGUGCAGUGGUGGAUUUAUUUGAUCAAGACAGGAUUUAACUGCCAAAUGCUGUUUUCUGUUAGACACUCGCCACAUAUCAUUAAUAAUUAAGUAGGAGCAAAUUACUACAGAUGCUGGAAUCUAAACUGAAAACAAAAAAUGCUGGAGAUCAUAAUGGGUCAGGCAGCAUCCAUGGAGAGAAAGCAAGCUAAUGUUUUUUUUUGAAGCCUGGAUGACUGUUCAUCCGAUGAAGAGUCAUCUGUACUCAAUGUUAGCUUGCUUUCUAUCCAUGGAUGCUGACUGAACUGCUGUGAUCUCCAACAUUAUAUAACCGCUUACUUUACACAAUUGAUAUCAAUAUAUUGUUCACAACAAAUUGAGCAUUUUACCACCUAAUUCAUAUUCAAUGCUAACUGAUUCCGCAGGAGGAUUCCUGGAAAAUAUGAAUGCAGAUUCUCACCAAUAAAAGUAAUUACUGUAAUCAAAGAAAGCUGACAGAUGUUUAAAAAAUCUUUAGCUUAAGUGACAUUCAUAUUUUUAAAAGUCACAAAUUAGUUAACUUCAUGAUUUACUAUUGACUGACAAAUAUAUGCAUUUAUCAAGGAAGGAUUGUUUACCUAUCACGAGCUGAGGAACAGUGUCAGGAUUGAUGGUGAAGAAAUAAUGGAAGCUAAACAUUAAAUAGCCUGUCAUAUUAAUGGUCAUAGUUUUUCUCAAAUCUUUACAUGGAAAUUCGCUGGAAAGAGCUGUGUGCAAUUAAAUGCGUAAGAAAAUAACAUUUGUGGUUUUCUUGUGAUAUACCUACCCAAUUUUUUUUUAAAUUGAAGAUUUUUAAUUUCUAUUGAUCCAUUCCAAAUGUAAGGUUCUGAAAGAAACCAGGAUGAAUUAUUCACAUUGUUAGUAUUUUACCACUCCAUUUUUGCUCUGUGUGGCAUCCUGUUAAGAAAUCAAGCAUAUUUGCUGAAUAUCACUUAUUGGCAAUAAACAACUCAUUGAUCACAGGGUAGAAAAAUGGGGUCUAUAAAAGAAAACAAAGUCUGAAAUUGAUUUAUGCACUUUUUAACUCUGCUUCAGACUCUUUAUGAUUUUAUUUUUGCAUAAGUUCUCUCCAGGUGCAUUACCAAUAAUAUUUGUCUUUGAAUUGUCUGUUACAUUGUUAAACUGAAAGUGAUCUUCCACCAACGUUUUUGUACAAAUGUAAUGAGCCAAUGCAAUGAUUACAAAAGGCAACUGGGAAAAGGAUUUGCGUUUUAAGUCUACUAGACUCUAAUACUAAUUUAAAUAAGUAUCAGUUAUUAGUUUUUGAACUAUAUAGUUAUAACCUUUCUUAAAUCAUUUUGUUUGGUAUUAUUAGAAUAUUCUAUGUGGAAGAUGCAAUAAAUAAGCUUUAUCAUGUAUGUUUUGCUAAACUAAUGCAUUCUUUAUACUGUGUGUCUUGUUAAAGAUUGUAUUUUUGUCACUUAAACAGAGUGCCUCUGUUUGGUUAAUGUGGUUUUUUUGUUAAUAAGAUUAUUUACUUUCAUUUACUUUUGUAAUAUAGGCUAUGCACUACCUGGUCAUUGUGGUUCUAACGUUGUGCUGAUUGCACUGAUAGUAUUUUUGUACUAAAAGAGCUUCUUUUAAAAACUCUGGUGUAAGGAUGUGUUUUUAUAUUGUAACCCAGAAAUGUUUAAAAACUGUUAAUAAUCAAUACAGCUCUUCCCUAGUGAUCUGUGGGAGCUGAGCUAAAAUCUCACUCACAGUUUACACAGAUUGUCUGCAACUGUUCCAUCUUACUAGCAGAAGAACAUUAUUAGAGAUGAGGGGACCAGGACGUUACCCUUCAAUAUAGUAAUAAAACUGAACAAGUGUUACCUCUUUCAAUCCUAUUUUUUUGCACCAGGAGUUUUCUGGUGUAGUCACUAUACACUUUGCUGGCUAUGUCUGUCAUUGAAACACUAAAAACAAAAAUAUAUAUUUCUGGCCAUGGAGUUGAAAAUACAUCACUUGUGACCUACAUGUCAUUUAGCUUUUCCAAAUCAACAGUGGAGUGUCAGAUGCAGGUGUACACGUUGACAGUUGCGCAAUUUAAAUAGUUGUAUUUUUGUCUUACAAUGGAAGACAACACUUCGUCAUCGCUUUGUCAUUUUAUUUUGAUCAGAGUACUUGGCAUGACACGUUCUUGUAAUUAUGACAAGUAAUUGUACAUUUGCACUUUUCCCUGGUUUUAAGUCCAUGUGGACAUCUGAAUAGACGGGAUAUAACUUCAAUAUAGUACCUGCAGGAAACGGACAGGAAGUGUCUACUCAGGGCUUUAAAGCACUGUGCCAUAAUUUGGAAUUAUUUCAGUACCAUAAUUUCAUUUAUUUUGUUAUGCAGACAAGAUUUCCUUUAUUUACCUAGUUACUGUGACCAUUAUCAGGUUACAAGGUAUGUCUAUAUUCUAUGUUCAGAGGUUAGGCACUAAGUUAGUUAUUACCUUCAUAGGAAAGGAUUUCAUUAUGGUUGGACAAAACAGUUGAGGGUUGGUGCCUGGACAUGCAAGGUGCUUUAUUCAUCCAUUCAUGUUAUAGUAAUACUGAUGUCUCAAAAUAGAUAUGGGCAACAUUUUUAUGUCCCAUCUCAGGACAAUAAGGUAUUUUGAUACUGUAUGUAGCUUGUGUGUUAUAAAUGUCUUAAGAAGCAUGAAAUCUAUUUCAAAGUAAAAGCUGGAAAAAAUUAAAUGACAAAACUGCAUAUGUUAAAACACGGAAUUUUGUAUUCAUGGUAUUCAAACAUUCACUCGCAGAUGUUACUAAAAUUGCUAUUAUUCCCAGAUGUGUGAUGCUUUUUGCUGAAAUUCUGCAGAAAGCAACAAGUUGGAGGCAAUACUGUUAAACAUUAUUGGAUUAUCCCAUGAAAACUUUUUAUCUUUCAAUCAGAUGUAUUAAACAAUUUCAUCAAGUAUUUUUCCACUUAAAAGUACCUUCUUAGAUUGUGAUUUCUCUGAAAAUUAAAUCUCUGAACUGAACAUCAACCAAUAUAAAUCAUACCUCUAUUUUAAUUAGGCCAAAAAUAAACUCAGAAGUACUUUGACAGUACAGAUGGUUUUCUGUAAUACGUGAAGAUGAUAAAUGGCACUCUGAUUUGUGGAUAAGUGGACUUUCUUGUUCUGUACCUAAUGUUAAAAAUCACUUUCAAAGCUUUUUACCUUGCGACCAGGCAAUUGAAAUAAAAAAAGAAUAAAGUUGUUGGAA